AUGAUUUUACUCAUAAAUAUUGGCUGCGGCUGGAGCAGCCCGCAGGACUGGAGCGGUAACAUGAUCAUCGUCAACAGUUCUCAGCUGCUGUUCCCCUGCUCCUGUCAGAACGCUUCGCUCACUUCAGGAAAUGUCUCUGACAGCGGCUUCUGUGAGGCGUCGUCGUCUGAUUGGCCCGUUUAUGACGUGGGCUGUGCUGCCACGGUGGAGAGCUGGCUCCUCACCAACGUCGGGGUGGUGCUGGGCAUCUGCCUGGGCGUGGCCCUUGUUGAGCUCCUGGGGAUGAUCCUUUCCAUCUGUCUGUGCAAGAACAUCCGCAACGUGGACUACACCAAAGUGCCCAAGUACUGAAGCUGUUUGGUCGGACCGCGGUGGAGUCCACCCUGAACAUCAUGUCUAAAUGUAAAAUAAUGAUUUUACUCAUAAAUAUUGUUCUUGUUUUUCCUUCUUUUUAAUGCACUUGUGUCUGUUUAUAGUUUUUUAAGCACUUUACAGACAUUUAUUUAGAACUGAGCAGGGAACCGACGUUUGAGAUCAACCAACAGGAGGAGUGAGUGAGUGAAGGGAGGUGAUGGUGAUGGAGGGGCAGGAGGAGGAGGAGGAGGGGGAAAUGUGAUGCAGCGGUUCUUAUUUAGACUCAAAUUACUGUGUUGAUGUUUCUAUCUGAAGUUUAAAAAUGUAUUUUUACUUUCUGGUUUUACAACAUAAAAACCCAUAUAUUUGUUUUUAUUUUUAUUGGUAGAAAACAACAAUGUUUUAAGUUUUUGAAUAUGUUUUAGUUCUUUGUGUGUAAUUAUAGUUUUUAUUUUGUCCUUAUACGAAAAUGAAAACAACACAUCAUCAGCAGCUAGUCUUCGUUUUUUAAUGUUGACUUUGAAUUUUUUUUACUUUGUUCUGCACAUAACAGCCAUAAUCGACGCUGAGGUAAACUAUUUUUUCUUCUUUUUUUUCAAGUUUGACUCUCAGUUUACUGACUUUCACCACACCUUUUUAACCACUUAAAACCCAUUUAAACAACCAAUUUUUAAUGUCAUAUAUUUGGAUGAGUAGCCAAGGAAAUCAAAUUUGUUGGUGGAGAAAAGUAAUUGAAAAUAUAUUUUUAACCCUGAGCCAUGAUGUAGUGUUUUUAUACUUUUUUUCUUUUGUGUACAGUUUGUAUAAAACCAUGUCCAUUAAUGUUGUGCUGUUUUCUCACAGUCAGGCCUGUGUGUGUGAGUCAUUUAUUACCGUCUUCUUGACAAUAAACUGACCACAAAUGUU